GCUGUCCCAACUUCCCAGCCCUCUUGGUGAAGCAGCCUUUCAGUCAAAGUUGAGGGACAGAUUAUACCCUUCUAUGCUGCUACAGGGGUUCUCCGGCAAACACAAAUCGGGACUGUCAACAUAGAAAUAUGGCUGCCUCUGCGACGAGCAAGGCACACAACAGAGACAGCGCAACUACUCACAGUCCAAGAUGUCACGAAGAGUCUCUGUCGCAGUCACGCGACAUAAUCAAACCUACCAUCACGGAGCUGACCAAAGAAGUGAGGACGAACAUCCUCUGCACCGUGGAAGGAUGUGGCAAGAUUCUCCCCAACACACCUGCGUUGAACAUGCAUCUUGUUAAAUCACACAGAAUAAAGGAUGGUAUUGUGAAUCCUACGGUCAGAAAGGACAUGAAGGGCUCCCAGAAGCUUUACUGCUGUCCCAUUGAGGGUUGUCCCAGGGGGCCUCACAGACCCUUCUCCCAGUUCUCAUUGGUUAAACAACACUUCAUGAAGAUGCAUGCAGAGAAAAAGCACAAGUGCUUCAAGUGCAACAAUGGCUACAGCACAGAGUGGGACCUAAAGAGGCACAUAGAAGACUGUGGGAAGACCUACCACUGUACAUGUGGCUGCCCCUAUGCUAGUAGGGCUGCUCUACUCUCACAUAUCUACAGGACAGGUCAUGAGAUUCCUACAGAACACAGAAUUCCUCCUGUAAAAAAGCGAAAGAUGGAAAAGUUGUUAAGUGGUCCUGAAAAGGUCAAGACCAAUGAGUCAACCUUUCAGAUCAUGCCUGCUAGUAAAGAGCUGACGGAGACUGUGCUCCCUUCUGACACAAGUGUUCAUAUCCUCAACUCAGUGAAUCAGAACUCCAACCCCCGUAAGAGCCUCCAGAAGUUGCUCCUACCAAAACCAAAGAUGGCUUUGGUCAGUGUUCCUGUGAUGCAGCUGUCCCACUUGCCUGUCCUUCUUCCAUCUACAGAAAGCGGGGCUCUGAGGUCGGUAGUGCUGGCUGUGAACAGUCAUGGGUCCGUCAGCACCCUUCACCUCCUGCCACAUGGAGCUGUAGUACCCCAACUUGAUGCUAAGAGUUUGUGUUUCAAGGACAGCAUGCCUACGUCACGCUCUAUCCUGGGGUCCAUUAGCACUGGGGUGCAGGUCAGUCUGGACCUUGCCAGCACAAAUGACUUAGCCAGUCUGGUAGAACAACGGGGAAGAAGCACCUCCACCAACAUUCAGACAGGCAAAUCGUACUUGUCAGAAAUGCCCCCAGGAGUGGGGGUUGGGGAGGGAAUGGGGUUGUGCUCAGUGGGCGAGUCCUCCGUGUCGUCUUGCUCCCAAACAGACAUAAGCGUGAGUGCCCAAGUCCUCCUGCCAGUCAGUGUUGAAACCCAGACGUUCUCCUCCCGGACAAAAGCCACAUCCUCUAUUGGAGCUCAGACAGACAGCCACUGCAUGGGUCAAAUUCCUUGUUUCUCUUCGUCUGUACCCCCAUACAAAACCAGGCAGACACAGACAUAUUUUGCCCUGCCACAAUCAGAUGAUAAGGCUCAGCAACAGGCUAUCCUGUGCUCUGAGCUGUUCGGCAGUGACUCCCUCAGUGUCUCCACUCAGACCGCUCUGGACAUAAAUGACGCUCUCACCGGAAGCAAUAUAUAUGAGGACUCAAAGUCCACAGGUGGUGGUAUGUGUUUUGGGGUGCAGACGGAUGAGCUCAACUCAAACAACAUGGCAGACAAUCAGACCCAAACAAUGACCUUGUUAAAUGACCUAGAAAACAUUCUGUCUGACAGCAUGUCAGGCCACCAGGUGCUCACAGUGGCAUCUGAGGGCUGCGGGUCAGUGCUAGGAUCUGUUCAGGAGCAACACAAUGGCAUUGACUUUGACUUCGAAGAGUUUCUCAAUGCUGUGCACAUCCAGACACAGACAGAGGAGAGUGAGCUGGGAGGACUGGGUGGGGACACGCCGCUGGAGUCCCUGGACAUCCAGACCCAGACAGACUUCCUUCUGAUGGAUGAACUGGACCAAAGUGAGGGACCAAGUCGAACCCAAGCCAGCGUCCUGGAGCUAUUUGAUACUCAAACUCAGACAGACCUCAAUUUUCUGCUCAACGCCGGAAGCCACAUGCCCCUGAGUAGCAUUCUACGACAUUCAAGCUUUUCUAUGAGCACAGAGUCUUCGGAUACAGAAACACAGACAGAUAUUCCUAUAUUUGCCACAGGUCUCCCUGCUCAGACUCCUGUGAGUCAGGGUGAGCAUGCCAGACUGCUGAACAGCACAGAGACACAGACUGUGACCAGCCAGGCAGAGGGCCUGGGUCACCUCUUCCUAACGAGCAACGAAACACAAACUGUCAUGGAUGACUUCUUGUCAGCAGACCUGGCGUGGAAUAUGGAGUCCCAUUUCAGCUCUGUGGAAACCCAGACAUGUGAGGAGCUCUGUGCUCUCUUUCAGCAUCCGGAGAAACCCAACAGCUGAGGUCCUCUUAGUGAAUCUGCCUAAGCUUUUGCAGUACAGGUUUCUCAUGUCUGCCUGGUUCUGUAAGAGGAAUCAGUCAACGCUGUCCUCCAGCGGACCACAGUCUUAGCAGUAAGAAGUCUGCGAAAAUGUCUUUGAACAUUCCACUGGAGACGUCAUGUCCAGAGCCUUUCCAGGUACAUAUCCUGACAGCUCGGCUGCACUUUAUUUGCUCAACAGGCAUGAUUCAUCAGCUCCUGUGACAGUUUACAUAUUUAUUUGCACAUAAAGUAACAUAUUGUAUGUGUAUCUUGUCUGAAAUGUCAGUUUACUUUAAUAGUUCAGUGUAUAACCACUAUGAAUGGUGUUCACUGUUUGGUCUUACUAGCCGUUUAUAAAUGACUCAACAUUUCAUCAAGGACUGACAUGUUGAACUGUGUGUGGUUUGUCAAGAAGAGGCUUAUCCGUGUGUUGGUCUGUAUGCCAGCUCUCAGAUAUGCAUAUUCUGCAUGAAAACAAUGUCAUCUCAGCUAGUAUUGUACAUUUAGUUUACGUAUAUGUUUGGAAAUGUGCAUGAAGCAUUUACUUGGUCAGCAGAACAGAAACAUAAUAUAUCUACUCUCAGCUUGUGCUUCUAAUGGCUGCCUCAUUGAUGUUGCCUUGUCAGCGGCAGCAAGUCAAUAAAGUCUAAUAACUUCCUGCAAGCAUUGCAGCCUGUGGAAACAUAUUGGCUUUAUGCUUUCCAAAAUAAAACCCCAUACAGCCUUUAACAGUGACCACGGCUUUGCUCAAAGCUGUUGGGAUGCGUCUCUGAAACACAGCGUUACUCAUACAGAUGUGGCACAAGUAAAAAUGAAUUAAUCGUCUUGUAAAUUGUUGCGCACCUUUCAUUGAAAUGUGAUAGUGAAGUUUGAUGUCGCGUAAAACACAUUUGUUGUGUCUCUAUCGCUAAGCAGUCAGUUCAAGUAAGUAAGUCGACUACGCUGUCAUUGUGUUUGAGUUAUUCAUUAGUGUAAGUGUAGCCAGUCUCAGUCCAGUAACGUUACUGUACUGAAACACAUCUUGGAUUAGAGCAAGGAUUAGCACAGAGCCAUCGUAUGCAUUCAACACCUUAUUUUGACUGAAAGGAGUCCUGUCCAGUAUCUUUCGCUGAAAUCAUCAGAUGUUCCAACCUUACCGGAACGCCGUAUUUUAAUUUGUUAAAUCUCCUCUCCAAGUAGCUAAUCUUAAUGUUUUUGAUUCGAUUAUAUUGCACUGAGUUACUUCGUUAAACACAGGCACCACACUCAGACCGUGUUCUACUCGGGAACCGAGAGCUAAAGGCCUUGAUUACUUGUUAAUUUUGUUAUGCUGGUGCCUUAACUCAAGCAUUAGCUUUAGUUAUGUGCUGCUUUAAAAUAACUAAUACUUAUCCUCAAUAAUAAUACUUAAUACUACUCAAGAUUAUAGAAAAACAAAUUUACAACGUUGGCAUUUUUCAUCAUUAUUGGACUGUCCCCUAAUCAUCCUCCAUAAUCUGUUUGUUCUGUUACAUAAAUAAUGCUUUGCAGUAUUUUAUUGAAGGAAAUUAGUAUGAUGGUUUUCAUCAAAGGGUUGGUAAUGUUGUAAACGUUUAGAUGUUUGUAGAAACUGAAGAAUGUACAGAACACAGCACUGCCCAAGUUUAACAUGCUAUAUUUGUCUGCACCAUGUCCAAACAGUUUAAGGAUCAUUUACCUGUGUUAAUAAUAACUUUGCUAUCUCCAUAGCUUCUUCCUGCUGAGUGGCACAGGGAUUUGAUUUGCUUUAAACAUGACUAUGUAGAAGCCUUAUCAGUUACAGUGCUUUAUUUUCUCUUUGUAGGGAGUGCAUGCAGAUGUUUUCCCAGCACAAAAUAUAUGUUUUAGCAAAAUGAGUGUGUUGCCUGUAGAGUUGAUGGUUGCCUUGAUUCAUUGUUGAAGCUACACUACAAAUGUUCUUAAUAAACCGCUGGAAAGUGU